GUCGCCGCCUCCGCCAUGUCCGAGUUCGGCCCCGCGCCGCCCCCGCCCCCCCAGCCCGGGGCCGCCCCCGCCGCGCCCCCCUCAGCCGGGCCCGGGGGAGGCCCGGGAGGCGGCGGCGGCAGCGGCGGCGGCGGCGGCGGCGGCGGCGGGACGGGGCGCAAGGACGCGUUCGCCGACGCGGUGCAGCGAGCGCGGCAGAUCGCGGCCAAAAUCGGGGGGGACGCGGCGCCGCCGGUGCCCAACAACAACGCCCCCCCCCCCGAUUUUGGGGGUUUCGGGGGGCAGAAACGGCAGCUGGAGGACGGAGAUCAGCCCGAGAGCAAGAAGCUGGCGGCACAGGGGGAAG